AUGAAGCUGCACUACAUCGGCAUCCUCCGAAACGAGAGCCAGCCCGCUCACGAGAUUGUCGCUGAGAAGGAGCUCAGCAGCUACUCACGAUUCACACGCAACAACUAUGGCGAGUUCAUGACCCUUUUCGCAAAGACCGUCGCCGAGCGCACCCGUCCCGGCCAGCGACAGGAUGUCGAGGAGCAAGACUACACCUUCCACGCCUACGGCCGCACUGAGGGCGUCUGCGGCAUCAUCAUCUCGGACCACCAGUACCCUGCCCUCGUGGCGCAUCAGCUCCUCAGCAAGGUCGUCGAUGAGUUCCUCUCCAAGAACCCCCGAUCCAGCUGGGCCAGCGGCACACCCACCCUCGUCAUGCCCGAGCUCAAGGAGUACCUCACAAAGUAUCAGGACCCUCAGCAGGCCGACAGCAUCAUGAAGAUCCAGAAGGAGCUCGACGAGACAAAGAUUGUCCUCCACAAGACUAUCGAGAGCGUGCUACAGCGCGGCGAGAAGAUUGACGACCUGGUGGCCAAGAGUGACGGCCUGAGCGCUCAGAGCAAGAUGUUCUACCAGCAAGCCAAGAAGCAGAACUCGUGCUGUGUUCUGAUGUAA